GGGACCGUUGAGCUGUGCAGGCGGUGAAAAACAGCAUUGCCCUAUUUUUUUUCAAAUAACAAGCAACUGGGAGAUGACCAAUCAUAUUGAGUGGUUCCCAUGAUUAAUCUGACACUCUGCUACCCAACACUGGAGACUUUCUUCAGCAAAGAUGGCUGACAAAUAUACUAGGAUUGAAGGAAAUGGACUCCUGAGAAAACCAUCAAACCAGGCAGUCGUCUUGUGAAACAGUGGAUGUAAAGAAUCUAUUCAGAUAAAGCAUUUACUGCAAAAUUGAAUGUACAAUUUUGUAAGCCUGCCUUGCUGAUAUUUGCUGAAGUAACGUAGCUAGCUAACUCUUGCUUAUUGUGUAGUGCAGGAUAAAAGGCCUGUCAAAGCACUCCAUGAUGACAGAAGUGAGUGUUACUAGUAAUUUAGUUCAGUUAUCUUUGCUUUCUUGGGUACAGGAACAAUGGUGGACAUAUUGAAGCUAAUGUGGACAGCAGACUGGGAUAGGGAGAGAAUAUGUCCAUAAAUUGUCCAGCCAGCUGGCCUGCGCAUGCUCUGAGGACCCAACUUUGGCUCCGGAGGAGAGCCUGCAGUCCUUGUUGACCCUGUCACAUACAUCUCGUGUCUGAGCCGUUGAAUUGCGACUCCACUUUGUCUUUAUACUGACCUUUUACCUGUUUAGCUACACUGUUUGUAUUCGGCCAUAUUCCCAGUCACCUGCCAUGGUUAAAUGCGAUGGUUCUCGCUUACAGUUUUGCACAAAUUCUGCCAUCUAUCCACGGUUUCUGGUUAGAGUAGGUUUUAAUAGUCACAGUGGGUACAACAUCUCAUUUACACUUCCUGAUAAACUCAGUCACCGUAUCUGUGUAUUCCUCAAUGUUAUUCUUAGAGGCUACCCGGAACAUAUCCCAGUCUGCAUGAUCAAAACAAUCUAAGAAGACAGUUACAUUUACCACAAAAUACUCAAAUUAAUCAUACUCUAAAACAGGGAGCAGAAAGGAGAGCUAGGUUCUUCUUCCAUUGACUUAAGCAGAACUCCCUCUCUCAUGAUCAAUUUGUCACCUAAGAGCUUCAUCCAUUAAAGUGGGAAAUUGGCAAAGCUUUCUUCCCACUGUAAACCCAUAUAGUAUGGAUUCUGAUGUUGACUCUGACAGGGUGUGAUUCCCAGGCUGAUGGCUGACGGUUUCAGGGAUGAUCGGUGUGCUGGCUGGACCUCGGCUCUGUGAGGUGGUGUGAUUGUUGUGUAGCAAUUAUUCCUUCGCCAUUUACCAGAUGGAGCAAUAUCUAUGUAUUCUUGCGCCUAACUGUUGUUACAUUAAUUAAGGAUCUACAGGAUCGGUGUCCCUAUACCGGGAAGGUUGUUGCUAAUGUGACUAGAAUGACAUUGUAAGUAACAGCAAACUUUCCAGGACCUAGACAUGUCUUAUAUGGGCAGAAAGCUUACAUUCUUAUUAAUCUAUCGACACUGUGUCACACCCUGACCAUAGUUUGCUUUGUAUGUUCUAUGUUUUGUUUGGUCAGGGUGUGAUCUGAGUGGGCAUUCUAUGUUAGAUGUCUUGUUUGUCUGUUUCUGUGUUUGGGCCUGAUAUGGUUCUCAAUCAGAGACAGGUGUUAGUCAUUGUCUCUGAUUGGGAGCCAUAUUUAGGUAGCCUGUUUUGUGUUGGGUUUUGUGGAUGAUUGUUCCUGUCUUUGUGUUUGUUACACCAGAUAGGGCUGUUUUCAGUUUUUCAGGUUUCUUGUUUUUGUAUAUUGUUCUAUUUUCAUCUUUAUUAAAGAUGUAUCAAAAUAACCACGCUGCGUUUUGGUCCGCCUCACCUUCAACAGAAGAAAGCCGUGACAGAAUCACCCACCACAACAGGACCAAGCGGCAUGGUGACAGGCAGCGGAAGCAGGAGCAGUGCAAGGAGGAAUGGACAUGGGAUGAUGUAUUGGACGGCAAGGGUUGCUACACAUGGGAGGAGAUCCUGGUGGGAUAGGAUCGCCUUCCAUGGGAACAGGUGGAGGCUGCUAGGAGAGCAGAGGCAGCCGGAGAGAGGAGCCGGCGAUAUGAGGGAACACGGCUGGCAAGGAAGCCCGAGAGGCAGCCCCAAAAAUGUCUUGGGGGGGCGGCACACAGGAAGUAUGGCGAAGCCAGGUAGGAGACCUGCGCCAACUUCCUGUGCUUACCGGAGGGCGAGAGAGACCGGCACCGUGUUAUGCAGUGGAGCGCACGGUGUCCCCAGUGCGGGUGCAUAGCCCGGUGCGGUACAUACCAGCUCCGCGUAUCGGCCGGGUUAGAGUGAGCAUCGAGCCAAGUGCCAUGAAGCCGGCUCUACGAAUCUGGUCUCCAGUGCGUCUCCUUGGGCCGGCUUACAUGGCACCAGCCUUGCGCACGGUGUCCCUGCUUCGCCUGCAUAGCCCAGUGCGGGCUAUUCCACCUCGCCGCACUGGCAGGGUGACCGGGAGCAUUCAACCAGGUAAGGUUGGGCAGGCUCGGUGCUCAAGAGCUCCAGUGCGCCUGCACGGUCCUGUCUAUUCGGUACCACCUCCACGCAUCAGCCCUCCGGUGGCAGCUCCCCGCACUCGCCCUGAGGUGCGUGUCCUCGGCCCAUUACCACCAGUGCCGGCACCACGCACCAGGCCUACAGUGCGCCUCGCCUGUCCAGCGCUGCCGGAGUCUCCCGCCUGUCCAGCGUUACCGGAGCCUUCCUCCUCUCCAGCACCGCCUGAGCUACCCGUCUGCCCAGCGCCAUCAGAGUCUCCCAUCAGUCCUGAGCCACCAGUGCCGCCAGUCUGCAAGGAGCCGCCAGUGCCGCCAGUCUGCAAGGAUCCGCCAGUGCCACCAGUCCGCAAGGAUCUGCCAGUGCCGCCAGUUUGCAAGGAUCCGCCAGUCUGCAAGGAUCCGCCAGUGCCGCCAGUCUGCAAGGAGCCGCCAGUCUGCCAGGAUCCGCCAGUGCCGCCAGUCAGCCAAGAUCUUCCAGUGCCGCCAGUCAGCCAGGUUCUGCCAGAGCCGCCAGUCAGCCAGGAUCUGUCCCGAGCUGCCCCUCUGUCCCGAGCUGCCCCUCUGUCCCGAGCUGCCCCUCGUCCAGUGGGUUGAUUUAGAAGGGUCGCCGUGGUUAGGAGGCCACGGAAGCGGACAAUGGGGCGGGCUAAGACUAUGGUGAAGUGGGGGCCACGUCCAGCACCAGAGCCGCCACCGCGGACAGAUGCCCACCCAGACCCUCCCCAAUAGGUUCAGGUUUUGCGGCCGGAGUCCGCACCUUGGGGGGGGGGGGGCUGUUUUAGUUUUUUCACGAUUCUUGUUUUUGUAUAUUGUUCUAUUUUCAUCUUUAUUAAAGAUGUAUCA